AUGGACUGGAAGAUACUUCACGGGUUAGCGCUUUUGCUGUUCAUAUCGGAGGCUUUAGCAGGCAUAAAUAUCAUAAGCACGGUAGCAAACCUAACAUCACGCCCUUUACAGAAACUGUUUGCCGACUUAAAGGAUUUCAUCGAAAUUGCCGCUGAAAAUGGAUAUAUUGCUGAAAAACAUGAUGUAGUAACCGUAGAUGGAUACAUACUAACAAUGUUUAGAAUACCUCCUAAAGAGAAUUGCACGAAAAAAGUACCAAUACUGGUAAUGCAUGGCCUUCUCCAAGGUGCUGAGGGCUUUUUAGACGCGGGGCCAGAAGCGCCCGGAUUCUUGUUAGCUCAAGAGUGCUACGACUCCUGGUUUGGCAACGUUCGCGGCAACUACCACUCCCGAAGGCACAAGACCUUAAAUCCGGAUAAAGACUUGAAAUUUUGGCAGUUCUCAGUCGACGAAAUAGGAAAAUAUGACAUUCCGGCCAUGGUCGACUAUGUGCUUGAUGCGACAGCAAUGAAACAGCUAAUGUAUCUAGGUUAUUCUCAAGGAGGCUUAGCUUAUUUCGUCAUGAACUCCGAGAGACCUGAAUAUGCGAAGAAAAUUAAACUUUUCUUAGGAUUAGCGCCGGCUUCGAGGCAAUAUAACACCCGUUCCGUAUCAACAAGAGUAGCAGCAUCUACUACAAAUUCCUUAAGACUUCCCUUAGAAGCAGCAGGAGUGUGGGAGCUCCUAUCUCAAGGUUUUCCUAUCCAAGGAGCACUAAAUACCUUGUGCACAAUUAAGUUACUGUCAGCAGUUGUGUGUGGUACGGUCAAAACUUUGGUGGAUUCAGCUCAUCCAGGCUCUGUUACGCCUGAAAUUCAAGAGAGAUUAUUCCAGCACGCUCCGGCCGGAUCUUCUGUUCAGAACUUCGCCUGGUACGGCCAAUCUUUUAAAAGUCUCAAAUUCUCCAAGUUUGAUUUUGGACGCUUGAAGAAUAUGCUUGUUUAUGGAAAUAGUACACCACCAGAAUACUAUAUAGGAGCGUCGACGUCACCGGCUGUAAUAUUUCACGGUGAUGGAGACCACCUUGUUGACACGAAAGAUGUAGCCUGGGCUGUUGAAGGACUUCCGAACGUGUUAGAAUUCUACAUUGUGAAAGAUCCACUGUGGAAUCAUAUAGAUUUAUGCUACAGUCGCUACUGGAAAGACAUUAUUUUUGUUCCGAUGAAGAAGUAUUUAAAUCAAUACGACAGCCUUGAUGAUGAUGAUAAUGAAAUAUAUAGUCGAAGAACACACGUGGACACGCUCGCAUCGUCCCAUCUUCCAGGGCCCUUUUCCAGGGCUGGCGCCGCUGCCGAUGCGGCCGAGAAUCUCAAACGGCGCAAAUAUGCAGCCCUAGACACCGGCUGCAUGUUUGAGCCGUUCGGGGUGGAGACGCUUGGGCCGUGGGGUCAAGGGGCGCACAGCGUAUAUAAGGAGCUGGCCAAGCGCCUUAUAGACGCAACGGGUGACCGGAAGGUUGGAGCUCACCUCGCCCAACGCAUCGGCGUUGCCGUACAGCGUGGUAACGCCGCCAGCCUUCUGGGCACCCUACCGGUGGGCACGGACCUGGGACCAAUAUUUUAUUUAUAG